AUGUCUAACACAUCAUCAGAUACAACCAUUAUUCCAUUUGUAAAAUCCAAGCAUGUACAGUAUAUAAUAGAGCAGGAAUCACAUCGAUCUUUUGAAUAUUGGUUGAGCGAACAUUUGCGCAUGAAUGGAUUGUACUGGGGGGUAACAGCAUUGAUCACUAUGAAUGAACUAUCAGCAUUGGCACAGCAAGAUGUGACUGAUUAUAUUAUUUCGUGUUGGGAUGAUAAAACAGGUGCUUUUGGAUCAUUUCCAAAACAUGAUGGCCAUAUAUUAUCUACAUUGUCGGCAUUGCAAGUUUUAAAGAUCUAUGAUCAAGAAUUGACGUUACUAAACGACAAUAAUGAAUCAAGAGAGGGGACCAAACGUGAGAGAUUGAUAAAAUUUAUUACCGGAUUACAAUUGCCUGAUGGUAGUUUCCAAGGGGAUAAGUAUGGUGAAGUAGAUACUAGGUUUGUCUACACUGCAGUUUCAUCUUUGAAAUUAUUGAAUGCAUUGACAGACACCAUUGCUGAUACAGCGAGUGCAUUUAUUAUGCAAUGUUUCAACUUUGACGGUGGGUUUGGGUUAAUUCCUGGGUCCGAGAGUCAUGCUGCACAAGUAUUUACAUGUGUGGGGGCAUUAGCUAUUCUAAAUAAAUUGGAUUUACUAGAUGUGGGAAAUAAGAAGAUCAGAUUGAUUGAUUGGCUAACAGAACGACAAGUGUUACCCAGUGGAGGGUUUAAUGGGCGCCCAGAGAAAUUGCCAGACGUGUGCUAUAGUUGGUGGGUAUUGUCCUCGUUGUCAAUUUUAAAUUGUAAGAACUGGGUUGAUUUGAAUAUUUUAGAGAAGUUUAUUUUGACUUGUCAGGAUUUGGAGAAUGGUGGAUUCAGCGAUAGACCCGAUAAUCAAACUGAUGUAUAUCAUACUUGUUUUGCCAUUGCUGGUCUUAGUUUAAUUGAUUAUAAGAAAUAUGGAUUUAAAGAGAUUGAUCCAGUAUAUUGUAUGCCAGUAGAAGUGACAUCUAAAUUCUAG